AUGGAGGAGAACCAGCACUUCAUUUGCGGGGUGGUGGAAGGUUUCUAUGGAAGGCCAUGGUCUAUGGACCAGAGGAGAAUUCUAUUCCAAUGGAUGCAGAAGUGGGGGUUGAACACUUACCUGUACGGUCCAAAAGAUGACCUGAAGCACAGACUGUUGUGGAGAGAAGUCUACUCACCUGAAGAGGAAGGUCAACUGCGCACUCUCAUCGAGGAGGCCCAGUCAAGAGGCCUGAGGUUCGUUUACGCACUUUCUCCCGGUCAGGACAUUGUCUUCUCGUCCCCCUGCGAUCUGACUCUCCUGAAACGCAAGCUAAGACAAGUAUCAGACCUCGGUUGCCGGGCGUUCGCCAUCCUGUUCGACGAUAUCGAUCACUCCUUGUGUCAGGCUGACAGCGAGGCCUUCUCUUCGUUCGCACACGCUCAGGUCACCGUCACUAAUGAGAUUUAUCGCUUCUUGGGGGAACCGUCCGUCUUCCUGUUCUGUCCCACAGAGUACUGCGGCUCUCUGUGUUCCCCGAGCGUGCAGAAGUCUCCUUACCUGCAGACUGUCGGUGAGGACUUGCUUCCCAAGAUCACAGUCAUAUGGACAGGUAGCAGGGUAAUUUCCAAGAAUCUACCUGUGGACCGCCUGGCCGAGGUGGAGUCCGUCCUUCAGCGCCCGCCGCUCAUCUGGGACAACCUGCACGCCAAUGACUACGACUCCCGUCGACUCUUCCUGGGUCCUUUCAAGGGCCGCGAGCCUUGGCUGAGAGGCCACUUGAGGGGCCUCCUCCUCAACCCUAACUGCGAGUUUGAGGCCAACUACAUUCCGUUGCACACGCUGGCAAGCUGGUACAGAGCUGGAAGCCAGGAGAGAAAAGAUGUGGAGACAGAUUAUUGUCCUGACAGAGCUUUGUCUGCUGCUUUACACGACUGGAUGGAUGAACUCAACCAACCUCUACAAGCAGGUCGACAGAGCUCACGAGGAGAUCAGCGGUGUUCUCGAGCCAAAACCCCAGACAGAUCUGACAGCACUGCCACUUUUCGAGGGACAUCCGUGGUGGCUAAACUCCCAGUCUUCCCCCUCAACUCGAGUUCUCCCCCCCCCUCGCCCACCAAGGGCAAAGGAGAGAGGGCGGUCGAAGCGGCCGAAAGCCCACGUCAGCCCGAACGAGCGUCCAGACCUGGAAUUCCUACAGGGAGAACCCACACAUACAAGUCCCAGGGUCGAGGUCUCUGCGGUGGGAAAGGCCUGCUGAGUGAGUCCCAGGUAAGGCUGUUGGUGGGCCUCCAUUAUUUGCCUCAUGAGCACGGCCCCUCGGCCCAGAAACUUCUUCAGGAUCUGACGUGGCUCAAAAGCAACUGCCAUCUGGUCAGCGCCAACAGCAAGAAAACCUCACCUCACAAGGUAGACGAAUGGAGGAGCCGGGCCUCCGAAUUCCUGUCUUUGUGUGAAGACAUCGCUCAGCUCCACUGUAGCGUCGUAGGCGCAGCCAACCGGGCUGUGCUCUAUGACCUGUACCCUUAUGUGUGGGACCUGAGGAACAUGGCACUUGUGGCCAAGGCUUUUGUGUGCUGGCUGGAUGGUUACGUCCUGAAUGACAGCGCCACCUUGGCCUCAUGGAAGAAUUGCUUCCAGUUGUGCGGGAAGACCACAGGAACCGACGUAGCGGGAGACGAGUCGGAACCGUGGGCGUUUAAAGGAGGCGUAUCUGGGGAAGUGCAGAUGCUUCUCCCCGUGGGCGGCAGCAGUGAACUCUUCACUCACCCUCCUCCUCUCUUCCCCACCUCUCGUCUCUACAACAUUAGGCCGUACCACAGUAAGGACAAGGUGGAGUUGUACCGAAUGGUGCGUCAGCUUCACUUGAGGUCUCACUGUGGUCAGGAGUCCGGUUCUUCCCACCCAGAUGUCGUAGGAGACAGGUGUCUGGGACCUUGCCUGGCCUUGUGUCCCGAAUACAGCUUCAUCUUGGAGGAUGAGUUAGGCUUAUGCGGUUGUAUUCUUGGAAUCAUGGAUGUGCGCUCUUUUGCCAAGAGAUGUCAGUCGAGCUGGUUGCCUGCCAUGAGGGACAAGUACCUACCCAAUGGAGGGCACUCAAACACACAGGAAUUAAUCAAGCUAAUGGAGGAGGACCAGGGAGAGUAUCCAGAUUCGCUUCUCUAUCAUUUCCCCUCCCAGCUGCGUCUGGACACGUUGCCCGAGUUGGUGGACGUCAGCGUCAGCCGCACCCUGCUCGUCACCCUCCUGGUGGCCCUCAAAGCCAAUGGUUCUCAGGGUGUGUUUUGCGAGGUUCAGCCAACCGACCGCCAGAGGCUGGAGUUCCUGAGCAAACUGGGCUUCCUGGAGAUUCUUCGAGGUGAAGCCAGGAGCAGAGAGGGCGUGGUGAUGGCCAGGCUGCUUUGA